AUGGCAGCCGCCGGCGAUGCCGGCCUCGACGUGGCGGCGGUGGAAAGUUUCCUAGAGAGGCACCCGGAGCUGGUGGAGAAGUGGCUGCAGAGGAAGAACUCGCCCCCUAAAGCGCCUGCCGUCCCCGCGGCCGGCCCAUCGGAGGAGCGACGGAGCAGCGACGGCCCCGGCUGCGGAUGGGGGAGUGCGGGCGGCCCCGGCCCCGGGGGGCUGCAGCGCCGAGCGUCCCAGAAGGAGCUGCGGAAGAGCUUCGCCCGCUCCAAGGCUAUCCACGUCAACCUCACCUACGACGAGCAUGUGCACGCCCGGGCGCAGGAGCCGCUGAGCAGCGUGAGGCGACGGGCGCUGCUGCGGAAGGCCAGCUCCUUGCCCCCCACCACCGCCCACAUCCUCAGCGCCCUGCUGGAGUCCCGCGUCAGCCUGCCCCAGUACCCCCCCUCCGCCCUGGACUACAAGCGCUACCUCAAGGAGCACAACGAGCGCCAGUUCUUCCUGGAACUGGUCAAGGACAUCUCCAAUGACCUGGACCUCACCAGCCUCAGCUACAAGAUCCUCAUCUUCGUCUGCCUCAUGGUGGACGCGGACCGGGGAUCCCUCUUCCUCGUGGAGGGGACCUCCGCCGGCAAGAAGACCCUGGUCUCCAAGUUCUUCGACGUGCACGCCGGCACCCCGCUGCUGCCCUGCGGCUCCACCGAGGACAGCAACGAGGUGCAGGUGCCCUGGGGCAAGGGCAUCAUCGGCUACGUGGCGGAGCACGGAGAGACGGUCAACAUUCCCGACGCCUACCAGGAUCGACGCUUUAAUGAUGAGAUUGACAAACUGACUGGGUACAAGACAAAGUCACUCUUGUGCAUGCCCAUAAGAAACAGUGAUGGAGACAUUAUUGGUGUUGCCCAAGCAAUAAAUAAGACUCCAGGAGGUGCCCCAUUUUCUGACGAUGAUGAAAAGGUGAUGCAGAUGUACCUCCCCUUCUGUGGGAUUGCCAUAUCCAAUGCCCAGCUAUUUGCAGCCUCAAGGAAAGAAUAUGAUAGAAGCAGGGCUUUACUGGAAGUAGUGAAUGACCUCUUUGAGGAACAGACUGACUUAGAGAAAAUUGUCAAGAAAAUUAUGCAUCGGGCCCAGACUCUGCUGAAGUGUGAGCGAUGCUCAGUAUUACUUCUGGAAGAUAUUGAAUCACCAGUGGUGAAAUUUACAAAAUCCUUUGAAUUGUUAUCUCCAAAGUGCAGUGCUGAUACUGACAACAGUUUCAAAGACAGCAUGGAAAAAUCAUCAUCUUAUUCUGACUGGCUAAUAAAUAAUAGCAUUGCUGAGCUCGUCGCUUCCACAGGUCUCCCAGUGAACAUCAGUGAUGCCUAUCAGGAUCCUCGCUUUGAUGCUGAGGCUGACCAAAUUUCUGGCUUUCACAUAAGAUCUGUUCUAUGUGUCCCUAUAUGGAACAGCACCCACCAAAUAAUUGGGGUAGCUCAAGUGUUGAACAGGCUUGAUGGGAAAUCCUUUGACGAUGCUGACCAGCGGCUGUUUGAAGCUUUUGUUAUUUUUUGUGGCCUGGGUAUCAACAACACAAUUAUGUAUGACCAAGUGAAGAAAUCCUGGGCAAAACAGUCUGUGGCUCUUGACGUGUUGUCUUAUCAUGCAACAUGUUCGAAGGCAGAAGUUGAUAAAUUCAAGGCAGCAAACAUCCCUCUGGUGUCAGAGCUUGGCAUUGACGAUAUCCAUUUUGAUGACUUCUCACUCGAUGUGGAUGCCAUGAUUACUGCAGCCCUGCGGAUGUUCAUGGAGCUUGGAAUGGUUCAGAAAUUUAAAAUUGACUACGAGACGCUGUGUAGGUGGCUUUUGACGGUGCGGAAGAACUAUCGAAUGGUUUUGUAUCACAACUGGAGGCACGCUUUCAACGUCUGCCAGCUGAUGUUUGCCAUGUUAACUACUGCAGGAUUUCAGGAGAUUCUAACUGAAAUUGAAAUUUUAGCUUUGAUUGUGGGAUGCUUAUGUCAUGACCUUGACCACAGGGGAACCAACAAUGCCUUCCAAGCCAAGAGUGGAUCAGCCUUAGCUCAGCUCUACGGCACCUCUGCUACCUUGGAGCACCACCAUUUCAAUCAUGCUGUCAUGAUUCUCCAAAGUGAGGGUCACAACAUCUUUGCUAACUUGUCCUCUAAGGACUACAGUGACCUUAUGCAGCUGCUAAAGCAAUCGAUAUUGGCAACAGACCUCACUCUGUAUUUUGAGAGAAGGACGGAGUUUUUUGAACUUGUCAGUAAAGGUGGUUAUGAUUGGAAUACAAAAAACCACCGAGAAAUAUUUCGAUCAAUGCUAAUGACAGCCUGUGACCUUGGAGCUGUGACCAAACCGUGGGAGAUUUCAAGACAGGCAACUGAGCUGGUAACCAGUGAGUUCUUUGAACAAGGAGACAGAGAAAGAUCUGAACUCAAACUCACCCCUUCAGCCAUUUUUGAUCGGAACAGGAAGCAUGAACUACCCAGGUUGCAGCUUGAGUGGAUUGAUAGCAUCUGCAUGCCACUGUAUGAGUGUCUAGUGAAGCUGAAUGUGAAACUGAAGCCUAUGCUGGACUCCGUGGCAGUAAAUAGAGGUAAAUGGGAGGAGAUGCACCAAAAAAAACUUCCUUCUCAGGCGGCAUCCUUGUCCUCCUUUUCCUCUAGCUUCACCAUGUCUCUCAAAGACAUAAAUUAA